AUGAGGAUUCAACUCAAGGGAGGUGUCUGGAAAAACAGCGAGGAUGAGGUCCUCAAGGCCGCUGUCAUGAAAUAUGGCCUCAACAAUUGGUCGCGUGUAUCCUCGCUGCUCGUCAGGAAGUCGGCGAAGCAAUGCAAGGCCAGAUGGUACGAGUGGCUCAACCCCUUCGUCAAGAAGACGGAGUGGUCACGCGACGAGGAGGAGAAGCUGUUGCACCUGGCCAAGCUGUUCCCGACUCAAUGGAGGACAAUAGGGCCGAUGAUCGGGCGCACGGCGCACCAGUGCCUGGAGCACUACGAGCGGCUCCUCGACAAGGCGCAGGGCAGAGACAUGGACGACGAAUUGGACCCCAGGCGGCUCAUGCCCGGUGAAAUAGACCCUGCUCCUGAAACCAAACCGUCUCGUGCGGAUGCGGUUGAUAUGGAUGACGACGAGAAGGAAAUGUUGGCAGAGGCACGCGCUAGGCUGGCAAACACGCGUGGAAAGAAGGCCAAGAGGAAGGCCAGGGAAAAGCAAAUUGAACAGACGCGCAGGCUGGCGUCACUGCAGAAGCGAAGGGAACUAAAGAAUGCAGGAGUGAACGUGGGAGCUCUCAGGCUCCACAAUUCCAUCAUGGACUACGUCAAGGAAGUGCCCUUCGAGACUCAACCGCCCAAAGGAUUCUACGAACCUGAAACUGGGCACGAAAUCGAUCAAUCGCUACGCAGCAUACAGCAACUGGAGGGCAAGAGGCGCGAUGAAGAACAGAGACGCAUGCGCAACGACGAUACAAGGAAGCUCAAAAGGUUGCAGCAGGAAAACAUCGACGAGGCGCUUGCGGUUUUCGAAAAGUACGACACAACCACCGCUACCAGAGCGCCGCUCGUCAUGCCCACGCCAACAAUGACGGACGAUGAGAUAGUGCAGAUCGUGAAAAUGGGCGCGGACGUGCAGAUGUUCGAGGAGAACGUGGCAACGUCCACCGUGGCUCGGACCCCGAUGACCUCUUCCAUCAUGGAGGAGGCGCGCAUCGCAGCGGCAGCGAACCGGCUGCAGACACCGUUGCUGGGUGAGACCAACGUCGCCGCCACGCCGGGCACCCGGCAAAAGGACGAAUUCCCAGUGCCUUCGACUCCUAACCCGUUCAAAAAGCUAAUCGCAAAGACUCCGAUGAGCAUCUUCACCGGAAAGUUUGGCAGCGCUGCCAACUCCAAGUACAGCGAAACGCCCUUGAGUGUAUAUAGCGGAGGCAUUGGUGAUAACGAUGAUGACGACGAUCCCAUAGGGGCCAGGGCGCGAAUGGAUAUGGCGAAGCUGCAGGUGAAGGCUAGCAUAUCGAACCUCCCAGAGCCGGAGUCACAGGUGGAAAUUUCACUCACGGGGCCACCACAGGCCUACAUCCCGCAGGAGGAAAAGCGCGUGCCGGAUCAGGGUGAACGGGAAUUGAUAGCUGCCAGAAUGCGCGAUGAGGAAGAAGAACGUAACGUCACCAGCGCCAUAAAGCGCGCGGUGGAGCGACCACUGGUGUACAGUACUAUAGUCUUCGUGAACGACAUGGUUACGCAUAAGGAGGACCAUGAGUACAUGACGACGUCGGGCAUGAUACAGAAGGAGGUAAUCUGGCUUCUGCAAUGGGACAGCCUCCAUUAUCCGCAACCCGGAGGCAGGCCCUGCCUCGAGCCAGUGCCAGAGCUCGAUGUCAUACCUUUGAAGUACAUGAAGGCGGCGGAGCGCGAACUCAAAGUGGAAACAGCGCGGUUGAGGAGCAUCCUUGGCGCUCCCAACGAACCCAUAAGCACAGAAGCGGAGAGGAAGAUUUUCAGAACGUUUGGAUACAGCGGUGCAAAGAAGCGUUAUGUGCCCCAGGAAAAGAUGCAGCUCUCGCAACGCGCGGCGUCCCGCGAACGGCAAUGUACGCACACAGCGCGUCACCUCGACGCGCUAGUCAAGCGGAACAGGGCGCUGGAGAACAAGUGUGCCAUCGCAACAGGGGGUUAUGUGCACAGGCAGACGCUGCUGCUCAAAAAUAUAGGUGGGUCAACACGGUUAAUCCUCAGCAUCGUAGUAGGGGAGCUACACCAUCGCACCAUAGAACUCGAAAACGACCUCCAGGCUUUCCAAGCCAUGAAAAUACGCGAGGCCAGCUGGGCUGAAGCCAGAAUAGCAUUCCAGCUCGCACAGCUGCAGCGGGAGCGAGACUUGAACGCGCGGCUACAGCGCCUAUACGGUGAACUGGCCGCCGCCCCGUAA